AAACCGUUGUAUUCAAUAAAUUACCCAUUUGUCAAAUAACUUCGAAAUGGAAAAACUAAUUAUGGAAAGUCUGUUCGGAAGGAAUAUAAUGGCUACAGAAUAUCAGAGACUGAUUGCACUUUCAUUGGGAAAAAUUGCAGCAUCAAGGCAGAAACGUGGAGGGAUAAACUUACAUAAAAACUUACUCGUAGCUAGUGUAUUGCAUAAAGCACGGAGUGCCUAUAUGAUGGAAAAUUUACAAACAAUGCUUGCAAAGAAGGCACAACAGAAUUCGGAAUCUAAAAUUGGACUUUCAAAUCAGCAGAUAAGUAAUCAAAAUUCUUCUGUUUCAAAUACUAGUAGUUUACAGUCGAGUACACACAAUAGUCUAGCGGUAAAAAGGUCGCGAUUAGAAACUGAUUAUAGAGUCAACAGACCAUGUCAAGAAGACAAAGAAAAUGCACCGCCAAAAUGUUCUAAACUGGACAAUGAAAAUGUUUCAGACAAUCCUCAUUGUGAUAAAACAACGGAAAAAUGUGAACUGACAUAUACGCAUCACAAUGGACAUGUUCUCUCUGAAAGUCAAUGUACUGAUUCAAACGAGGUCAACGAUUACGUCAGCAACUGUUCUAGGUGCGCUAGUAAACGCAGGCAUGAUCAUGAUCAAUCACAAACAGAGGAUGAUCAUGAUGUGAUCGUUAUUAAAAAACGGCGUUUGGAAUGUGAUGAAAAACUUUCUGACUUUAACGAAGAUGCAGAAGAUAUGCAAACAGACUGUGCUCAAAUGACAACUUUAGUAAAUGUAUUUAAUACAAGUUUAGGUGGUCUUUGUGCAGAAAUGUCUCGAACUUCAAACGAUGAUGCAGACGACGAAGCGGACGAUGAAGAUAGUGAUGAAGAAAACGACGAAGUGUUCUACACUAAUUUAAAUACAACAAAAUCAAUAAGUGGAUAUCACGGACUUAGUGACAAAGGAAAUAUUUAUUGUGGUUCGAACGUUGUGGACUCGGUAACCAUGCCAACUCCGAUAGCAUUAACGGUAUGAUAAUCAUGGUCAGUGCUUUAUUGGUUGCAAAACAAAUCGCUCAUUUCGUCCAUCCUUGCCAAAGAUUUAAAAAUAGGAUUGACCGGACUUAACUUUGGAUUUAAUCCAGAUAAAUAAAUUGUUUACCCAAGAUGGUAGUACACAAGUACACACCGCUUUAUCGAUUGAUUUUUGGUGACACUUUAACGGUUAAAUGGGAGAUCAAUAACAACACUGCCUUUACAAAUCGAACAAUACAAACUUUUAAUCAAAUAAUGAGUGAAUGAGAAUAAAUAAUUGACUUGAGUAUGGAUCGGGAAAAUGUCUUUGUUGGAUGAGAGUGCAUUGUUCAUGAACGUAUGAAUCAGCGAACCGUGUCAAAAUUUUACAUGUCAUUGUGUCACUGAUUGUGAAUCAUAAUUUAAUCAUAUCCAUAUGCAAAUGAGAGAGUGUGGACAGAUUUUUUGUGUAUGAACUAAGACUGUAUUUAUAUGUUAUGAAUGUUUAUUGUAUGUAGAUAGAAUAUUUAUUUAUUUAUGAAUAUGAUGAGAAAAAAAAGUUAAAAAAAAAUCCUAUAAAAAUAAUAAAAUAAAAUAUUUAAAAAUAA